CCCGCGCCGCGCGCCAGCGAGGACGAGCCUCUGGCCCCGGCGGCCCGCGUCUGCCCCCCCGGACGGCGGCGCGCCGCGGGCCCGGGCGGUGGAGGGAGCCUGGACCCCGGGGCGGCCUCGGAGCAGCGAGCGCGCUUCUGAGCAGCUCGUCGGCCCAGGAUGGGGAACCACGCGGGGAAGCGAGAGUUGGGUGUAGAAAAAGGCGGUAAGGAAGGUGAAACCAACAGAGGAGAAUCUGAGAAAAAGAGAAAACUUCUCACCCUUUCCCAGGGGACCUCGGAAGACAACGACGUGUUUGGAGAAGCAGAUGUGAGCCCGAACAAUGGGAGCCGCUCUCAGGGCACAGCGGUGACAGACUCCAAGUGCACAGUGGGCCCAAAGAACGCCUGGCCGGACGCCAACCCAGCUGACCCCGGGGGCCGCCCCCACUUGGUCCGCCUCUUCUCCCGAGAUGCCCCGGGCAGGGAGGACAACACCUUCAAAGACAGGCCCUCGGAGUCAGACGAACUCCAGACCAUCCAAGAAGACAGUGCAGCCCCUGCCGAGGGCCUGGAUGCAAUGGCGUCACAGAAGAGACCCUCCCAGAGGCACGGGUCAAAGUACCUGGCCUCCGCCAGCGCCGUGGAUCACGCCAGGCAUGGCUUCCUGCCCAGGCACAGAGACACGGGCAUCCUGGACUCCCUCGGGCGCUUCUUUGGCGGCGACAGGGGUUCGCCCAAGCGGGGCUCAGGCAAGGUACCCUGGCUCACGCAGAGCAGGAGCCCUCUGCCCUCUCAUGCCCGCAGCAAGCCCGGGCUGUGCAACAUGUACAAGGAUGGGCACCACGCGGCGAGAACCACCCACUACGGCUCCCUGCCCCAGAAGUCGCACGGCCGGCCACAAGAGGAGCACCCGGUAGUCCACUUCUUCAAGAACAUCGUGACACCUCGCACACCUCCUCCAUCGCAAGGAAAGGGUCGGGGACUGUCCCUGGGCAGACUUAGCUGGGGGGCCGAAGGGCAGAGGCCGGGAUUCGGCUACGGAGGCCGGGCUUCCGACUACAAAUCUGCUCACAAGGGGCUCAAGGGGGCCCAUGACGCCCAAGGCACGCUUUCCAAGAUCUUCAAACUGGGAGGGCGCAGGAGCCAGGCCGACAAAGGGCUGCCCCCGGGCAGACGCGAGGCCCCCAAGAGGGCCAUCUCGACUAACACAGGCGUCGUCGUCACAUGGACACAAGCCCACUAUCUGUUAGCGCUGUGGCCUUGACCUGUGACCUGAGACGGGGUUUCCUCCUCUAAAAAUAGGGUAACGUAGGACGAAAACUGUUGUGAGGGGGACGGUGGUGAGCGCGUGCACUGUGCUCAGCGAGGUGUCCUGCACAGGGACACAUAGAAAUGAGCUGCACUACCACUAGUAACAGUGACGACGGCCUUGAUGGUGGCUGUCCCCAUGGGCAGGCCUCAGGACCAACACAGCCACAGGCUUGCCCCUGUGGGUGAGGGGCAGACUGGCCGAGUGCCCCCGGCACAGGGGCUGAGUCCAGGCUGUCUGUGUGAGGGCACCAGGGGCCAGAGGCUGCCCAGCGCGGGCAGGGCACCUGUGGGCUCUCUUUGGGUGCUGGGAGCACCUCACCCAGCCCACAGCCUUCCAAGGGGCAUGUGUCCCAGUGCUGGGGUGAGGUGGUCGGGGAGGAUGCAGGGCGGGAGGCAGGCAGGCAGCUGCAACCCAGGAAGGGUGGCUGGGCAAGGCCUCCCUGAGCCGGUGGCAUUUGGCAAAGACGUGAGGGAGAGGGGGCGCUGGCCACACUCGGGGUGGGGCGGCGUUCCGGAUGAGGGAUGCCAAAGGCCGGCCCCAUCCAAGAGAGGGAGGUGGUGAGCAGCAGGAGGGAAGGGGCUCCCGGGGCCCUGCGACCCGCCUGAGGGCGCUGAUGGUGACUGGAAGAGGGCGUCCCCGGGUGCCAGCUCUGGGGGUCUUGGCCAUCUACGACUGUCUUCUGUUCUCAGGACACCCGCUGGGGCCGCAGCAGGAGACGCUAACAUUAAAGGCUCUGCUGCGCGGGGCUUUGCUGCGUCCCCGCGUGAGGUCUGACAGCUGCAUGGCGGGGCCGGGCUUCCUGCGGGCUCAGGUCACCGCGGUCAGGGCUCAGUGUCUGCCCGCAGGACGGAAGGCUCCCCAACCCCGGACACCACUGAUAGGAGAGCUCGGCCCUGUGCAACUACCCUCUCACUGGCUUAUUGGUCCAUCACGGGUUUACAGCUCACAGUGGAACAGUUUGGUCUGUAACCCGAGUACAAACCGAUUCGGUCACCUAAUCUCGAAGUCAGCAUCAGGUCCGGGUGUGGGUGUGUCCCGUGUCUGGGCUGCACGGCAUGGACUGGGGUCCCGCCCACGGGUCUGCCUACUACACGUCGGGUAAAAGGCAGGCAGGGCCCACUCCUCACAGAAAAUUCUGAGGCAAAUCUGAGUGAGGAAAUAAGUUCUACCCCA